UAGGAGCGCGUUGUGAAUCUUGUGCAGUUUGGUUCUCUGUUAUUCAUUUCCAAAUUAAUACAUAUCUAAACACCACGGUUUAUUAUAGAAUAAUUUAGUGACGUACCGUGGUAUGUAAGUAAACUAGUGUGAUUCUAAAAGUCAAAAGUCUCUCGCCGUUACUUAUGUCUCUUAAGUUUUGUGUAUCCAGCUGUAGAAAAUGAAAAGUGUAGACGUCAGUACUUCACAAUGCAAGGACUUUUGUCAACUAUAGUUCAGUACAAUCUAUUAAGCAUAACGAUUUUACCCAGCCUUUCAAGCGUAAAUUAGCAAACAUUGUGAGGAUUUGCUACAGUAUAGUUUUUAUCGAGAAAAGGAUUUGUUUGUGGACCCAAGCCAAAACCCAAAAAGCAACAACAUUGAAGAAAUAAAAGAUCACAAUUUUGCGUCUGCUAGUAGUCACAAUCAUGGCCGUUGAUAAAACCGCAACUCGUCAAAUGCUGACGAUCGCAUUUCUCUGUAUUUUGUGGUACAUCGUGUCCAGUAGCAACAAUGUCAUAGGGAAAAUGAUUUUGAGCGAAUUUCCUUAUCCAAUGACAGUGACAAUGGUCCAGUUAACCAGCAUCACGCUCUAUAGUGGACCAUUCUUUAAUCUUUGGGGCGUCCGGAAGUACGUAGACAUUUCAUGGAGGUACUAUUUCAAAUUCAUCGUACCUUUGGCUCUAGGAAAGUUUCUAGCGUCAGUCACAUCGCAUAUCUCUAUUUGGAAGGUUCCGGUGUCAUACGCACACACAGUUAAAGCUACUAUGCCUCUAUUUACCGUAAUUCUUUCGCGGAUUAUCAUGGGUGAACGGCAAACCAAACCCGUCUACCUUAGUUUAGUGCCGAUCAUCGUAGGUGUUGGCAUUGCCACCAUGACGGAGCUAUCAUUCGAUACUAUCGGGCUGAUCAGUGCAUUGCUGGCGACGAUGGGCUUUUCGUUACAAAACAUUUUUUCCAAAAAAGUUCUCAAGGAGACUGGCGUUCACCAUUUGCGACUGCUGCACAUUCUAGGUCGACUAGCUCUAUUUAUGUUUCUACCACUGUGGAUUUAUUUCGAUUUAUUUAGUGUGAUCAAGCAUCCGGCCAUUAUAACGGGAGAUUACCGAGUUAUUGCAUUACUUUUCACUGACGGUGUCCUAAACUGGCUGCAGAAUAUUAUAGCGUUUAGUGUUUUAUCGAUCGUAGCUCCGUUGACCUAUGCGGUGGCCAGCGCCAGCAAACGUAUUUUCGUGAUAGCGAUUUCGCUAUUCAUUCUCGGUAAUCCGGUAACAUGGAUGAACAUUUUCGGCAUGUUACUAGCAAUCAUUGGGGUGCUGUGUUAUAACCGGGCGAAGUAUUUCUCUCGGUUACACCCGGCAAAGGAUACGCUCCUGCCUUACACGAGCUCCAACAACAAUAUUAAGUAUCAACCGCUGGAAGAUAGUUCACUGCUGGUCGGUAAUGGUCACUACAGUGGAAAGAAUGGAUUCACCAAUGGUGGUAAUCCUCAGAACGGAGGCAUACAUCAUAGCGGGAGCAGUAGUGGCACAACGAAUCUACUGUUGAAUAAUGGAGGUGCGUCAAUAAAUGGCACCGGCAACAAGUUACUAUUUGUCUAGAAUGUGAACUACGCCAGACACAUCACAGUAAGGUUGAACGAGGCCAUAGGCAGAUUAACCACUGCGUCAGUUUUUCGUUGCUUCAUUCUUGUACAGUUAAUGAUAAACUAGUUGAUUGAAUAUUUAGGAUAGUUUAAACGCUGUUCAUAGUUUUGCUAGCAAUUGUAACAAAUUAAUGCGUGAUUGGCGAAGGCAAACGCGCAAGGUGACAGAAGCAGAGCGCUUCACCGAUAGAAAAGCUACCUAGAAAUCAUUUAUUUAUUAUUGACGUUUAUAUUUUAUCUUGACCUUGAAACUAUUAAAAUAUUUGAUUUUGUCUAAACCGAGAGGCUUCGAAUGCUAACAGAUAUAACGACAGAAAUAGCAUGACAAAACAGUAUUCAUCCGGUACUAAAAAAUUGGAUGCAGCAAGAUGAAAACACUAGCGCAACGUACUUUAAAAGCAAACUAUUCAUCGACAGGGACAAUGAACAAAUUUUGUUCGGUGCAAUCGUAUUUGAGAGUAAAAUAUUUGUAUUCGACUCGACUGUGCAGCAUUACUGCGGUCCAAGCAAGGAAAACUAAUAAAAGUUGCAUAAUAC